GAGAGAGGGAGAGAGGGACACACAUCUCUUUCUGUUUGUUGUUUUGUUUAUUUGAGUUACUGAUCAGGAGUCACGCUGGCAGCAGACGAAACUAAAAGCCUGCAGGAGGAAGGAGAGGCUGAGAAGGCCAACAGAGGCCCAGCAGAAAAGGAGUCCUCAGGGCCGAUGGUGCGUGUGGAACUGGAGUGGGAGAUCCCGAUGUCAGUGACUCUGCCCAUCGAGGUCCAGCUCGACCCCGCGCACCAACCGUUCCCCUUCUUGGACACGACGCUGGCUGACCUGGGCAUCCAAGAGUCAGAGGUGAAGGAGAGGGUGGUGUGGGUGGACAACAAGAAGACUCAGGUCAAGAACAAAGCAGGGAAGCUGAAGGAGAAAGAGAUCACCAUCCUGGAGGUGAGAGUGACAGCUCAGAAGCCUGGAGACAAACAGCUGCAGGAGAUUCUGUACAGCACCGAGGCCCACACUGACCGCUCCUUCUGCCGCACAGGGAUGGACAUCCUGCCCUGGAAACACACGUCUACAGGAGAGGAUGAACUGGCACCAGUGCAGAUGACCAUGGCACUGGAAAACCAGCAGCCGGACUCUACCAACGCUCAGGGGCAUCGGGAGAUCUGAGGAGCCACAAAGAGUCCACGUCAUUACUGCAAAGCACUCGUGUUAACUCCACUGUGUUCCAGGAUCAGUUGUUUUUCAGGAUUCGGGGUGUUCUCGUGUUCUUUUUACACAAUUAUGCGAGUUUGAAUGGCUUGAGAUUAACUGCAUGGUGCUAGCAUUGUGCUAAGUUUUGUAACAUUUGUAAAAGAGUUGUGCUCAGAGUUAGAAGAAUCCUCAGCAGUGUGUUCAGUCAGCUCUGCGUGCAGAGGGUAAAAGAAGUGCUGGUUUUCCAGUGUUGCCUAUUAGCUCAGUCUGUUCAGUUAGUCAGAGAGCUCUGGGGCUUUUCACUGCAGUAUUCCUGCCAGAGUUCACACCAGACAUAGCCGCAGUGCCGGCCCAGCAGAGAAGCCCUUUGAAGCUGCAGAUAACUCUCAGUUAGAACACACUGUGUGAUCGCACACUGAUCAAACACUUCACAUCCACAGACUCAAACUCAGGCUCAGGAUGAAGUUACAUUUAUGUGGAGAUCAAAUUCAUCGCCUCACACUCACAACAGUGGCAAAAAGGGGACAGAAGCAAUUCAUGGAAGCACAUUACAGGAACACAAAUACAAUGGGAACACAGGAUGGUAAACUGGAACUCUUAAAAUAAUAAAACUUUAACAUGCAUGCUUGGGAGCAAAUAAAUUAAAAGGAAAUGCUAAGAGGCGUAACAUCCAAAUCUGGUAACUACACUCGAACGGCUGAAGUGCUAUUUUUAGAUCAAUUUGGGGAACAUCUCCAAAAACUGUCCCGAUUCUACCUACAGUAUAAAAUGAUUCUUUCUGGCUGGCUUUCACGAGAGUGUGAGGAUGUGUGAGGGCUCUCAGCUCGAGAUGGCUGCACUGAGUAAGGCCUGCUGCUCUCCUGGAAGUGAUGUCACCGCUGCUUGGAAGUCUGCAGAGUGCUGCUGAGCAAAUCCUUUAAUCAGCAUGGCCAAAGUGCUCUGGGCAUCUGAGGAAGAGAGACAUGAGGAGUUUAGAGAUGACAGAAAGCUCUGGAGAAAGAUGACUGCAACAGCAACACAACCACAGGAUGCUGAAGAUGCAGGGACUGAGAGGGAGGGCUCAACAACAGAGAAUAUGUGUAAGAUUGUAACCUUCAUGUUGUCUUGUUGUACUUCAUUAAAGCUGGGGUUUGUUGUCACUGAA